AUGAAGGCAUCAUCCGUUUCACUUGCUUCGGCCGCACACCCACUCGGGCUCGAAAAUCCCCGCUGGCUCUGCUGCCACCCUCCUCAGGACGCCGUUCUCAAUUCACCGUGCCUUAAGCCAAACCCAUUGAGCGCGAAAGAAUGCACCAGGUGCACGCAUAAGAAGUGCGAACACUGCCCCAUUCUCCAUGACCUGAAGGCGGACGGGGGGUACGAGGAGGGCCGAAAGGUUGAUGGUAGCGGUGUUGGUUUGAUGGGGGCCUUGAAGAGAUUUGCGGGUUUCCCCAAGCCAGGACUCCCGUCAAUCAUGAGCGUCGAAAGCCGAGCAGCACUCCUGGCGAUCGCCAUCACGCUCGCCGUCCUCAUCCCGUUCGCGAUAGUAGUGUUUUUGUAUCGCUACGUCAAGGUUGUGUCAGGAGCCCCGGCUCCGGGGGGUGGCCAGGCGGCGCCGAGCCAAGAGCCUCCGGCUGCUACGGAUCCCGGUGCCGGGCCGUAA